CCCGCGCGCCGCCCCGCCCGCGCUCCCGGGUCGCUGCAAGCUCCGGCCGGCACUUUCCUCCUAAGUUGCAGUUUAAGUUCGCCGGUGGCGGCGGCGGUGGCGGCGCGGGCGCUCGAAGCCUCCCUCGCCCUCGGCCAGCCGGUGCUCCCCGGAGUGCAUGGGCGCGGGCCGGGCGGGCCCGGGGGGCUGAGCGGGGAGCCGCCUCCGCGCCCCGCGCCAUGGAGGGUGCCGAUCCCCGCCGGCGGCCCGAGCGCCUGGCCGAGGCCGAGGUGCGGGCGGCCGACGUCGGUCGCCUGGUGGAGGUGCAGCUGAGCGGCGGCGCCCCGUGGGGCUUCACCCUGAAGGGCGGCCGCGAGCACGGAGAGCCGCUGGUCAUCACCAAGGUAAGGCGGCCGCGGGACCCACACGGUGACAGCCCGGAGGUGGCUGUGGGUGGGGACACCGGAGGGAGCGGCCUGAUCGCGCACUGGCCUCGGGCGCGCAUCUACCCAGGUCACCUGCGGGGACGUGGGGAGACGCGCCCCCGAAAACACUCCAGCCGCUCCGCGGUGGCUUCCAGCCCUGCUGGCCCCCAGCGCAGCGCAGUGGUUGCCUGGGAGCUAUGGAGAAGUGGGGCAGAGGCAGGGAGAAUCCCCAGUCCAGAUAAUCAGUCCUCAGAGUUCAGUGUCACAGGGAUGUUGAGGAGAGGUGGGCAGAGGGGGCAGCGAGCCCGACUGGCGGCCAGCCUGGGUGACAGGCACCCCGGGCUGUCGGCCCGAUCAAGCCCGGGCCUGGCGCUACAGGGAAGGUCAUCCUGUGGACUGAAGAGGAAUGAGCUGAGCUGGAGGCCUCACUCCUGGCACGCCACCAAGUUCUCCGACAGCCACCUCGACACGUCGGCAUCUCCGUUCCCCUCGGCCAGAGCCUGCCCCGCCUGGCGCAGCCGGCACCACGUGAGUUGUUCUUCCCAUGACCUGUCGGGUGCAUGGGAGCAGACGAAUCUGCAGCGCACAUCUGACCAUUUCAGCUCCCUGGGGAGCAUGGACAGCCUGGACCACGCCCCCCAGCCCCACCCCUCUGGACGCCUUUCAGCCGCCAAGUCCAGCAGCAGCAUCGACCACCUGGGCGGCCACAACAAGCGGGACUCGGCUUACGGCUCGUUUUCCACCAGCUCCGGCACGCCGGACCUCACCCUGCCCAAGGCCGAUGGCUCCUCUGCAGAGAACAUCCUCUACAAAGUAGGCUUUUGGGAGGCCUCCAAGGCAGGCAGUGCCCAGCAGGGCCCGGCCCCCAGUGACCCUCAGGGCCUGGAGGAGAGGCUGGGGUAUUUCCCAGCCAGGGUAGAAGUCCCAGGGCCGGAGGGCAGCCCUGAGCCCAAGCUGGCCACUUCUGGGAGGUCCAGUUCCGGGCCUGUCUGGUAUGUUCCAGAUAAGAAGAAAGCCCCUUCUUCCCCUCCCCCGCCUGCGCCCCCUCUCCGCAGCGAUAGCUUCGCGGCCACCAAAAGCCACGAGAAGACCCAGGGCUCUCCAUCCUCAGAAGUGGCCAACGUGCAGCACUUUCCAGGCCUGACCCAGGCCCAGCCCCGGGGUGCCUGCAGGCUGCAGCCCACUGGGCAGCAGUGGAGACCUGCACACCCCAACAACGGGAGGAGAGUGGCUGUACCCGGACUGGGCAGCCUCCCAGUGGUCCCUGGCCAGCUCCAGGCCUCUCUGUCCAACACGGAUGUGCGUGGUCCACCAUUGUCUCCUGGGUCCCAGCACGCACGCCAGCACGGUGAUGAGAGCCCCUCCUCUCAUGAGGGUGCUGGGCCUGCCCUAUCACUGAGGGAGCAGCUGCGUGUCGCCCUUGCUGGGGGCCGUCAGGAGCUUCCCAUUGACUGCUUGCAGGGUGACGGCCCCACUCUGGUCUGGUGGCCCAGCGCUGCUGACCAGGAAGGGGACAGCAGUGGGCAUAGCCCCUACUAUUGGGUGACCUCAAGACAGGGCCUUCAGGGAGCCACACAGGCCACACAGCUCCUUGAGGAACACUGGCCUCAAGACGUGGCCCUGGGCACCCACGAUGGCAACAGGGCUGACCCACGGAAUGGAGGUGCAGAGGGCCACUUUAUGGCAUCGAAGAGCCCCAAAAAGCCAGCCCUGGGAACAAGACAAUCUCAGAUGGCUUCACAUGGGCUGAUGGAGGCGGCAGCAGGAUCUCUCCUCCUGCAGAAAAGCAGGAGCACGGUGACGCUGGCUGGAACCAGCGACAUGGGGGAGGACGCUGGCUGCUGGGCGGCGGACCUGGGAGGCACCACAGGUGCCACCCUAGAUGGUUUCCCGGGUACCUACAGAGACCACCUGAAGGAGGCCCAAGCCCGGGUCCUGCGGGCCACGUCAUUUAAGCGCCGUGAUUUGGGACCCAGCCUAGCGGACCAUGGCGUGGGGUCCCCAGAACACAGGGCCGGGGACCACAGCACAGAUCUGGACAUUGUCCCCCACUUUCGGGAGACAGGCCUGGCCAAGCCAGCGGCGUGUGGAGGUGGUGUCUCGCACAUGCCCUGCAUCGGAGGCCGCAGGCGGUUCACAGCAGAGCAGAAACUGAAGUCGUACUCUGAGCCAGAGAAAAUGAACGAGGUGGGGCUCUCAGGGGAGUACUGCCCCCACCAGCACCCCAGUCCUCCUGGGGAGACUGUGGGCACAUUUGCCGACAGGUGGAAGUUUUUUGAGGAGACAAGCAAAUGCGUUCCCCCGAGGCCUGGGCCGAGGCAGGUGCCCCACGGGCUCCCCAGCAAUAAGCUGGGGCAGAUGGCAGGCCCUGGGUCCGGGGGCGCAGAGGCGGGGCUGCAGUGGAGGGCCCACACAGCCUCCUGUGGGGAGAAUGCCCAUGGGCAGGGCAGAGCCGGGAAAUUGGGACCAUCUCAGAGACUCGGCACAUUUGCUGAGCACCAGGCCUCUUGGGGGGACCAGAGGAAAGCCCUGGAAGCCAGGGGGUCUGGGAGGUAUCACUCGGCAGAUGACAUCCUGGAUGUGGGUCUGGACCAACACAAGAGGCCGCCGUACCUUCACGAGAGGUCCCGGUCAUCGCCAUCCACAGACAUCUUACCUUACAGACAGGUAAGCUCCAGGCCUCCGGCAAAGACAGCCACCCCCAUCCGCCAUCCUGACACAGGAUGCCCCCAAAAGGUAAUGGCCCAGUGUCAUGUGACUCAUCCAACUGAGCACUACACGUACCAGCUCCUCACGGUCAGCCUAUGA